UUAUUACAAUUUCAAACCCAAAGAAGACUGGUUUUUUGUUCAUCUUAUGCUUUGCAAAAGAAAAAACUGAUCUCUCUUUCUUCUCUCCAUAAACGAAGGAGAAUUUUCUGGGUUUUGUCUUCCUCUAGUAGCAACAAAUCCCAUCUUUUUUUCUGUUUUAUUUAUUUAUUUUUUAUAUAUAUUUCUAGUAAACAAUAUAUCAUCUUUAUUUAUUAUAUCUAGAGCUGGAUAUACAUAUCAGCAAAGAAAAGAGAUAAGGCUAGCGAGAAAGAAACAAAGAGUUUGGAAAGAAAGCAAGAAAGAAAGACAAAAAGUUUUGCCAAAAAAAAAACGAUAUAUAUAUUUUUAUCAUUUUCUUUGCCCCUUCAAUGUCAAUAAUCACAGGUGUUGAUGACGGUGGGAGUUUUUCUUCAGGAAAUAAUACAGGCGGAGAAGAAGUUCAUCAACAGCAAAAGCAAAAGCAAGAGCUACUCAAACACUUCCAUGGCGUCUCAAACUCCAUGUCUUCAUCUACAACUUUUAGUAAUGGCUCCACCACUCAGCAGCUUCAGCCUCCGCCACUUAAAAAGAAAAGAAAUCAACCAGGAACUCCAGAUCCAAGUGCUGAAGUCAUUGCUUUAUCACCACACAGUCUUCUGGCAACAAACAGAUUCGUAUGUGAAAUUUGCAACAAGGGAUUCCAAAGAGACCAAAACCUCCAGCUUCACAGGCGAGGCCACAACCUUCCAUGGAAGCUCCGGCAAAGAAGCAGCACCGACAUCAUCAGAAAGCGGGUCUAUGUCUGCCCCGAACCCUCCUGUGUCCACCACAACCCGGCUCGGGCAUUGGGUGAUCUUACCGGAAUCAAGAAGCAUUUCUGCCGGAAACAUGGCGAGAAGAAAUGGAAAUGUGAAAGAUGCUCGAAGAAAUAUGCUGUCCAAUCCGACUGGAAAGCUCAUUCCAAGAUUUGCGGCACUAGAGAAUACAAGUGCGACUGCGGAACCAUCUUCUCCAGAAGAGAUAGUUUCAUCACCCACAGAGCUUUUUGCGACGCCAUAGCUGAAGAAAACAACAAAGUGAAAGCAAACCAGCAGCAGGGAUUAAUGUCUAACAUAGGACCAAUUUUACAAGGCCAAAUAUGCAAAGAGCUUAUGUCCUCAAUACCUAUCGGCACCAAUCCAUCGACAGAAACAUCUCAUCAAUUCAACCAUUCUGAUAUCAAAACCCCUUUAACUCUUCCACAUCAAGAACUCCUUCAAGUUCCUCACAAACCUUUGAACAUGAACGGUAGCAUGUUCUCUAGAAGUCUGAGCGCGAAUUCGUCGACAAUAUGCGAAGGAAACGAGCACCAUUUUGCCAGCUCCGGCCACUUGUCCGCCACGGCAUUGUUGCAGAAAGCUGCUGAAAUGGGCGCAACGGUAAGUACUAAUAGUGUGAGCUCUCCGGCCACCAUGAACAUGCAGAAGAUGAGGUAUAUUACGAGCAUGGCACCGGCUUCAACCUAUACUAACAAUCAGUCGACAUCCCAAGUGAUGGCAAUGGAGUAUGCAGCAGCAGCUGCUGGGACUUUUGCAAACCAGCAGUUCAUGAAGAAGAACGCGCAAGAGCUUGCCUCACCGUCUCCGCAGUUCUUCAAUGGAAAUGGAAACCAUGGUGGAAUUGGAUUGUUCGAUGGAGUUUUCGACGAAAACAGCGGUUUUAUGAAUAAGAUGGAGGAGAAUAAUGGGAAAAGCAAGAGUGUUUUGCAUGGUGGAGGAGAUUCUAACAUUGUUAAUGGGGUUGGUUCCAAUGGGAGUGAGAAUGUGAUGACUCUGGAUUUCUUGGGGAUUAAUGGAAGAGCUAGAUCAGCAGCAGGAAAUUUUCAUGAGCAAAAACAAAUACAUUUGCAGAAAAAGCAGCAAGAUAUGGGGUUUGGAGGACUUGUUGGUCAUCUGAAUAUGCAGGGUUUAAAUCAGUUUGAGCAACAUACAGGAAUGGAGAAAAACUUGUGGGAGGUUUAAGAGACCCUCUAGCUAGCGAGCUAGCUAGAUAUAUUUUCCCUUUUUUUUUUUUCCGUACUAGUUAAUUUUAAUCAGUUCUCCUUAAUUUACUUUUCUUUUUACAUAUAUGCUUUUGGUUAAAUAAUAACCUUUUUUUUCAUGCAUUUAUCUUUUUCUUUUCCUUCAAUUGUAGUUAAUAAAUAACAUUAGUUA